AUGGGGUCGUUGGAGCUUCCAACGCGCGCGCUCGGCGCGCAGCGGCCAGGCACGAAUGCAAAGCUGGCUCUUUUCACCCCCGCCAAUUACUACGUGCCACGUAGCAAAACACCGCCGGCUGGCGGCGGAUCCGCGCCUGGCGGCCUCUCUUAUUUCCUCCCGCAUAGCCUCGUGUUUCGCGCGAUCGCCGCUGUGCUCCUCGUGAUCCUCGCCGUCUCUCUAGAGCUUCUCCUGCUUAAUUUCUUCCAAUCCCGUGCUGCCACGUCACCGCUCAAAGCUCUGUUUCCCCAGCGACCAGCUUCCCCCGCCCCGCCGAUUUCCGCCUCCCCUGCCACCCCGCAGCUUGCGCCGAUGCUAGCGAUAGACCCCCCCCUGCUACGCGGCGCAGAAUCCGCGCGCGCCGCAGUCGGCGGCGGCGGCGUCCCCUUUGCCCCUGCCUUCGCCGCCUGGACAAUGAUCCCGCGAAUCGUGCCGCUGGUGUCGCCGACUUUCGAACCGCCACCGCUGGCGGUGGUCUGGGCGGGAUCUAAAUGCAGCGACGACUGCCACAAUCGAGGCACCUCACCGGCAGCAGCCGUACCAGCGGGAGGAGGGAUAGCCGGAUGGGAGUGGUACAGGGUGACCGCCAGCGGGUCAGGCGAGGAGACGGGGAGGGAGAGGGUGGGGAAGGGGGAGUUGGAGGGAGGGGAGCACCUGAGGCCACCUGGGGAUUGCCCUGAGCGGUGCUCUGGUGUCGGCACCUGCUACUCUGAUGGCUGCAGGUGCCCCUGGUUCCGCACAGGGAAAGCGUGUGAGGCGGUGGCGAAGGGCGUGGGGUGUGUGAACGCUUGCAGUGGGCGGGGGGAGUGCGUGGAGGGCACGUGCCGCUGCCAGUACUGGACGUUCGGAGUUGACUGCUCGCUGUUUCUGGACACCAUGGGCAGCGUCAGGCACGUGAACCUCCUCUUCCCCCCAUUCCGCUGGGCGCACCACCUCCCCGCGCCCUCACUCGCCCACAUCGCCACCUCCCGUCCGCUCAUCUACGUCUACGACCUCCCCUCGCCCGCCACCACCUGGCCCCUGCGCCUCUCCUCUCGCUCCCCUCACAUCGAGCCUCUGCUCUUCCUGGAACGCCUGCUAAACAGCGGGCACCGCUCUGCAAAGCCUGAUACCGCGGACUUGUUCUACGUGCCGCUCUUCUUUCGCAAUGACAAAGCACUCGAUGCCAACCUGCUAGCAUCCACAAUCACCUACAUCCGCACCACAUGGCCCUACUGGGACCGCCGCAACGGCUCAGACCACAUCUUCCUCCUCCCGCCCCCUCUCUCUCGCUGCACACUCGGGGAUUCCGGUUCCACCGAACCCCUCCUCUCACGCAGUAUCGUACUCUCCACGUGCGGUUACACCCACUCCCUUGCUUCCCCCUCGUCCCGCGAUCCAGCGUCAGCGCCGUCAACGCCGCUGCCGCUGCUGCCGUGCUUCCAGCGGGGGCGGGAUGUGGUGAUACCGCCUGUGCUCCGGUUGAAGGAUUAUCAUGCGAUUCCGUUCUUGUCGGAAUUAGUGAGAGAGGAAUCCAGUGCUGCCAAUGUCUCCCCUGCUGGCAGCAACAGUGGCAGCGGUGACAGCGCCGACAGUCUCUCUGUCUCGUCCCCUCGCCCAACAGUUCUCUUUGCCCGCUUUGCUGCUUCAGACCUACAGCAGAAUCGCACGGGUCUGAGUUCCUCUGUGACAAAACGCUUUUUGGAACUCUUUGAAUCGCGAGCAGCGGAGCUCAAGUGGCAAAUAGAGGUGCAGGAAUCAGCCAAGGUUCGGGUCUCCGACUUGCUCAACGCUACCUUCUGCCUCUCCACGGCUGCUCGUGGCCAGCAUUCGUCGUCUGUAGCGAGUGUGCUAGCCGGGUGCAUCCCCGUGGUGGUCGAAUCCCACACUGUCCUCCCCCUCGACCACCCCCACGGGCUCAACUGGACCGCUUUCUCCCUCCGCGUCCCUCUCUCAAACCUCCCUGAUCUCCCGACCCUUCUAUCCUCCCUCUCCCCACAAGUCGUUGCUGCGAUGCAGCGGGAGUUGCGUGGGGCGUGGCCGAAGCUGGUGUGGGCGAGCUCUCAGUUCAACCCGUUGCCCCGGGGUCUGGCUGUGUCCCGGGCGUUUCACAGAGCGGGGCUGUUGCUGGCUGAUGGGGAUGUGUUUAGUUCUUUUCGGGAUGUGGGGGCGGGGGUGGGGAAGGAUGGGAAGGGGCGGAGAGCGGUGGUGAGCGAUGGACCCAGCCCGUGGGCUGGUCCGGAGGAGUGUGAGAGCAUGUGCUCGGGACGAGGGGUGUGUCGGAAGGAGUCCAAGGUCUGUGCAUGGUACGACAACGGGCGCGCAUGUGAGACGCGGGGGGACCUCCCCUUUGACUGCUUCAAUGGCUGCAGCGGGCAGGGCGAGUGCAGGCGCGGAGUGUGUGUGUGCCAGCGGGGGUACUUCGGCCUUGACUGCUCCAUGUUCAUCGACGCUCAAGGCACCACCAGGAUACUGCGCUUGCAACCAUUCCUCUGGUCCACAGCCGUACCACCCCCCUCUCCUUCCCCCUCCUCCUCCUCGCCCCUCCGCCCGCUCAUCUACGUAUACGACCUCCCGCCGCACUUCAACACGUGGCAGUUCGCCCAAACGCGCUACAUCGACUGGCGAGAGCAAGUCUUCUUUCUAGAGCGCCUCUUGCGCUCCCCCCACCGCACCCCAGACCCCGCGCAAGCCGAUUUCUUCUACGUCCCUCUCAUGUUCCGCGCUCGACUCAUGAAGGCAAACACUCUGGCGUGGGCUGUAUCCUAUCUGCGUUCCACGUGGCCGUUUUGGGACCGGAGCAACGGGUCCGAUCACGUGUUUGUGACGAACGACGACUGGGGGAACUGUGACAUUUCUGUGUCCGGAGAGAGGGAUUCUUUUCUCGCAAACAGCAUCACGCUCACUCUCUGGGGGCUCACACAGAAUAUGAACCUGGAGGAUGCACCGAACAGGUGCUUUAAAGCGGGGCAGGAUGUGGCGAUUCCGCCCAUGAUGGUUCCAGACGUGUAUAAGUACGUGGUGGAGGUGAAGGAGAUGGUGAAGAGGGAAAUGAGGAGGCGGGGGAAGACGGGGGAGGUUGUGGAAGCAGGAGUGGCAGAAGGUACGGGAAAGGACGCAGAAAUAGGAGCACAGGAGGAAGCAGAGGAAGAGAGGAACUCUUUAGAAGCCGUGCUUUCCGGCGCCAACCGCACCACCCUCCUCUAUUUCAAAGGCUGGCCAGCAGACAAAGCAACAUCGCACGGGUCGUACCACUGGAGCUUCGGCGUGCGGCAAGAGAUGUUCAAGCUGUUCGGAGGGCGGUUCAACGAGACGGGGGUGCUUUUGGAGAGCACGGAAGGGUUUGUGCAGGGGUAUCUGGUGGAGAUGCAGCGCGCUGUGUUCUGCCUGGCGCCGUCUGGGUGGGGGUGGGGUAUGAGGACCACGCAGGCUCUCAUGCUGGGGUGCAUCCCUGUGAUUAUCCAGCCGCACGUGGUUCAGCCCUUGGAGGGUGACGGCACGGACUGGUCCCAGCUCGGAGUUGUCCCCUUCGAAGGCGACGGCACAGACUGGUCCCGUCUCGCUGUCAUCCUCUCAAAGGCCGACAUCCCCCACCUCCCCCGCAUCCUCUCCUCCAUCCCUGACCUCGAACGCCGCGCAAAGCGCCGCGCUAUGCUUGACGAGUGGGUCAAGUUUGUGUGGGCCAGCACCCAGCUGAACCCCUUUGGAUUCCUGCCGAAGGGGUUACAGGAUGAGAUGGCGGUGCGGUUGGAGAAAGGAGAUGUGUUUGCCACGGCCUGCUACACGCACGGCACAUGCAACGAGGAGCUGAAACGCUGCGACUGCCCCCCGGGUCUCACAGGAAAGGACUGCUCCGACCGUGCCAUGCCCUCCUGCCACGUGGCACCUGGGUAUUGGACGCCGUGUGGGGUUCUGUCGUCGUGUGAGUGUGCAUUGGAGUGUGAGAGGGCGGGCGUUCCUCCCUUUCCGCUGUGCCUGGAUGAGAGUGAGGGGGGGGAGGGACGUGGGGGAGAAGGGGGAGAACAGGGUGGUGCAGAGGAGGGGGUGGGAAGAGGAGAGGGAGAGGGAAGUGCAGUUGGAGCAGAGGCAAAGGAGGAAGGGAGUCAGGGAGAAGAGGAAGCAGAGGACCCUGCGUUGAGCCAACCUGCGUGGCAGCGGGCUGGGUGGCAGGGCUUGUCCUCUCUGCUGAAGAAACCCGUGGUGUGGAUGGCGACUGACGGCGCGGGCGGCGAGACAGGAGCGCGUGAGAGAGUGGGCGAGGGAGUGACAGGGCAGCAGAGCAACGGUGUUGGUGCUGCUGGUGCUGCUACUGCAUCGAACCCUUUCCCUCUCUUGCAGUCGCUCCUGCUACCUUCUGAAUGCCCCGGAAACUGCUCUGGGUUGGGUGUGUGCCUCGCGAGCAAGCAGUGCAUGUGUCCACCCAUGCUCUCCGGCCCCUCAUGCGCCCGUCUGCCCUCUCUGCUGCCGUUCACGUGUCUCAACGAGUGCCACUCUCGGGGCGUGUGUGUGCAUGGCUUCUGCAUAUGCAACCCGGGGUAUUUCGGCAUCGACUGCUCGCUCUCCAAACCAGGGUCCAUUGACCGCACGCGCAUUGUGGCUGCACCCCCCUUCUCCUGGCCAGAAGGCCUCUCUCUCCCCACCCCCGCCCCUGCCGCCUCACCUCUCAUCUACAUUUACGACCUUCCCCCCCACGUUACUUCCUGGUCCCUGCUCCUCGGCACACCCCCCUCCUCUCCCUUACUCUCCUCCUUUUCCGCACCCUCUCAUUCUCCUGGCCCGAAGGCUGGUGAGGGGGGAGACGAUGGGGGGAGAGUGGGCGGAAGGGGAGGGGGAGAGGGCGGAGGGGAGUGGGAGGGGGGAGCGGAGGGGGUAGAGGCAGUGCUGUUCCUGGAGCGGUUACUGAGGAGCCCCUACCGCACGGCAGACCCCUAUGCUGCUCAUUUCUUCCUCAUCCCAGUGCUCCCCUGGGCGGGAGAAGCGUCCAUCCUGCGAGCAGUGUACUACGUGAGGCGCCUCUGGCCCUUCUGGUCUAAUUCCAAUGGAGCCAAUCACCUUAUCCUCACCACCAUCACCGCUGCUCCUGCUCACAGCCCCCUCUGCUCGCUCACUCCGGACAAAUCCCGCCACCCGUUGCUCGCCCGCUGCUCGCUCCUGGCGAUUCCAGUGGCAGAUACUACCUUCCCCAGCUCUCCCCUCAUUCAAGUCUCGCCUGAAACUGACAGAAGUGCUGCUGCUGCCGCCAGCCCCACCAGCAGCAGCGGGAAUGAGUCAUCCUCACUUCCCUGCUUCCUGCCCAGUCAAGACAUUCUACUGCCUCCUGCUCUUCCUCCCAUUGCCCUAACUCGCUCCCUCUUCACUCUCCGCCCCCCAGCCAAACAACCCACUCGUGGCACCCUCCUGCUGUUCAGCGACUGGGGUGUGGGGGAAUGGACGGGUGAGAAUGUGGGGGGUGGUGGUGGGGGAGAGGGGAGCGGUGAGAGGGGGGAUGGUGGCGUGAAGGAGGUGAGGGAUAGAGUGAUGGGGGGGUUGAAAGAAGAAGCUCACAAGGGGAAGGUGAUUGUGCUGUCGCAGGAUAGAGAAAACCAAAACCAAAACCGAGAUGGCAGCAGCAGCAGCAAUAAGAGUGGCAGUGGUAACGGUGACGGUGGCAGGAGCGGCAGCUUUGGGUUGGAAGCAGUGGUUGAUGCAGCAUUGGGCAGCGUCUUCUGCUUGGUGUUGCCUGGCUGGACUCACACAAUGGAAGCGCCCCUUUUUGUCCUGCACGGCUGCAUUCCUGUCUUUAUACAGCGUGACGAGGAGGGAGAAGUAUCACCACCACAGUCGCUCCAAAACAGCACUGUUUUGGAUUGGUCUGAUCUCUCACUGACGCUCCCUGCUUCGCAAGCGCAUGUUCUCGUUACAAGCCUCCUCAAAACCCCGCACGAGGAUAUUGAUAGGAGGCGUGAAGAAAUGGGUAAAAUCUGGAGCAAGCUGGUGUGGACGAGUCCAUCGUUCAACCCGCUUGUUCUUCUUCCUGGGGAUGACCAACGUCGCCUCACGCCAUUGCUUGCAGCAGACGAUGUCUUUCAGGCCAUUGUUGCGAAACUGCAGAAAAGGUUGGAGAAAUGA